AAUCUUUUUUUAUUAAUUUUUUUCCUCUUUCCUUCUGGAACCCACGGAGUCUUUUUUCCCCCUUUCUUCUCCUCUCCCAUUUUCACCCAGAACAUUCUAGAACCAACAAAACCUCUCGUCUUCAACUUUCACUACGAUUGUGUAUCGCGUGCUUUUUCCGGUGGUGCAGCAUCCAUGGUUCGACGGCGAAUGAUCUAGCUUCUCCAGGUCGAUAAAUCUGAAUAAUUCCCCGUUUGUAUCAGGAGUGGCAUAUCGGCUUACAGUUCCAGGUUCUAUAGGGUUCGGAUCUGAACCCGAAAUUCAUGGCAACUUUGCCGGUCGAAGAGAUCGGUGAAUCUACUGCCGCAGGUGGAGGAGACUCGCAAAGAUCUCUCCCUACGCCAUUUCUCACGAAAACUUAUCAACUCGUUGACGAUCCAUCUGUAGACGACAUGAUUUCGUGGAACGAAGAUGGAUCAACCUUCAUAGUGUGGCGUCCUGCCGAAUUCGCCAGAGAUUUGUUACCGAAAUACUUCAAGCACAACAACUUCUCUAGCUUCGUUCGCCAACUCAAUACCUAUGGAUUUCGAAAGGCUGUGCCAGAUCGAUGGGAAUUUGCCAACGAGUGUUUUAAGAGAGGGGAGAAAGGACUCCUCCGCGACAUUCAACGGCGGAAAAUCUCUCCGGCAAUAGCCUCACCGUGUCCGGCUACAACGGUGACGGUGGCGGCUGUACCUGCGUUAGCUCGGGCGAUUUCACCAUCGGAUUCUGCAGAGGAGCAGGUUAUAUCCUCGACCUCAUCACCGGCGGCAACUGCUGCUACUGGCUCGGUCCAAAUGACGGGUUGCUCCACCAAUCCAGAGCUCAUAGAAGAGAACGACCGGUUAAGAAAGGAGAACGUGCAGCUGAACAACGAGUUGCAUCAGCUGAAAGGCUUGUGCGGGAACAUAUUUGCCAUGAUGUCGAAUUACGCAUCUGGCGACAGUAACAGAAACAAUCCGCCGGAUGGAAUACCUCUGGAUUUGUUACCUGCGGCUCAACAAUUGGCUUCGACGGCAGAGGAUACGACAAUGUCGGAAACGAAUGCCGCCGCACUGGUGGCGGACGAGGAUCUGAUCCCGAGGCUGUUUGGUGUAUCAAUUGGGUUCAAGCGUUUGAGGACCGAUGAGCACGAAAAUGGCCAAAAUCUGCAACAUCUGCAGGACAAUGAGCCUGGAUCUGACAUGAAAUCAGAGCUGUCCGAUGAAAAACCUGAUCAUCGUGAGGACCCUUGGCUUGAGCUCGGAAAAGGCCAAUGAUUUACGUCUCCCUCAAUUGAAUGGGAAAGAUUCUGAUUAAAAUGACAGUGGAUAUGAAAAAGAGUUGACGAAGAGGAAUCGGGUGGGCGACACGUGUGCAUUUUGACCUUCCAAGAACUGAAACUUGAAUGGAUAAUAGUUGCAUUGGAGGACAUGGGAUUUGUACCUUUUACCCACGAAUGGCAAAACAGAAAAGUUUGCACGUGGAACAGAUGGGAAGACCUUAAGUGUAAGGCCACUACUAACGUUGAAAAUUAUAAUUGUUUUAUCAAAUGGAACCCUUGAAAAUGUAAUAUUUUACUAUUUUAGCAUAAGAUGUUCGAAGUGAUACGAGCUUGCUUGGACAAAAUGUUCUUUGAAGUUGUAGUGUAGAUGUCCUAAGUUAAUGAUUGGGUGACUUUAACCUUGACCUGUUUUGUAUGAUAUUAUUUAGAGGUAUGAAUUUGAUUUGCAUUCAAGCAGACUACUGCAAAUCAGAAAUAAAGAAACUAGAAUGGAUUCUUUGUUC